AUGGCUUCACCGGCAGUCCAUAAACCGCGGCGGCGGAGAAAGAUCGAAGAAGGAUCCCUUGCUCAGGUCGCACACGGUACCCUCGACCACGAUCAAUCCACAAACUCAACGAAACCAGCCUUUCCCCUCGUCGCGUUCCUGUGGCCUGCAAAAGGCACCGUGUCGCAAUGGAUCACCAUACCCCUCAUACUCAUGGCUGUCGGCUUGCUCCGCUGGGCCGUCGGUCUCUGGGGAUAUUCGGGCUAUCAAUCGCCGCCAAUGCAUGGAGACUUUGAAGCACAGCGCCACUGGAUGGAAAUCACACAGCAUAUCCCAGUCUCACUGUGGUACUUUUAUGACUUGCAGUGGUGGGGACUAGACUAUCCGCCUCUGACUGCGUACCACAGUUGGCUUCUGGGGGUCAUCGGCUCCGCCAUCAACCCCAAGUGGUUCGAAUUCCACGAGUCGCGCGGUCUCGAUGAUCCGUCCCUUAAAAUAUACAUGCGAGCUACCGUCCUUGUAUCCGAGUAUCUCAUCUACGUCCCCGCCCUCGUCAUCUUCCUCCGCCGAUUCUCACGCCUCGAAGGUGUCAAUAUCUGGGAAUCGUCAAUUGCAUUGGUAGCCAUAUUGAUGCAGCCAGGAGCCAUCUUGAUUGACCAUGGACACUUCCAAUACAACACCGUUAUGCUCGGCUUCGCUGUCGCCACACUGUCAAGCGUGGUCGCUGGGAGGCCACUGUGGGGUUGUGUCUUCUUUGUCGGUGCUCUGGGCUUCAAGCAGAUGGCGCUAUUCUAUGCGCCUGCCAUCUUUGCCUAUCUCCUGGGCAUUUGCGUUUUCCCGCGAAUCAACAUUGUACGAUUCUUCGCCAUUGCACUGACUACUGUCGCCGCCUUUGCUAUAUUGUAUCUGCCAUUCCUUGCAGGUGUGGCAUACGAUGUUUACAUUGGCUUCCACCAUGGACUUCAAACGGUGCCCCCGCUACUAAAUGUGGAAUGGUUCAUGACACCAUGGGACAGAGAGGCUUGGUACUACCCUUAUGUUCUCGAGUUGGGACAGUCUAUCCAUCGCAUCUUUCCCUUUUCCCGAGGGCUAUUCGAGGACAAAGUCGCCAACAUUUGGUGUACCAUCCACACCUUUCACAAGCUGCAUCGCUAUCCGAUCCAGUCACUCCAACGGCUGGCACUACUCGCAACUUCGGUCGCCAUUCUGCCGCCAUGUUUGAUCAUCUUCCUCAAGCCGAAGAAACAAAUUCUUCCGCUCGCCUUCACAGCGGUUUCAUGGGGCUUCUUCCUCUGCUCAUACCAGGUGCAUGAGAAGAAUGUUUUGUUGCCAUUGUUGCCCAUGACUCUACUUCUUGGCGGACAUGAAGGUCUACUACCAAGUACCCGCGCAUGGGUAGGACUCGCAAACAUGCUCGGCGUGUGGACCAUGUUCCCGCUGUUGAAGAGAGACGAACUGCGGGUCCCGUACUUUGUCGUUUCGCUUCUAUGGGCAUAUCUUCUAGGCCUUCCCCCCGUUUCAUUCUCUGCCUAUUAUGAAGGCAGCCGAGGCGGACUUGAUGUUUUCAGCAAAGUUUUGCACAUCAACAUAUACAUUGCUAUGGUCGGAUGGCAUGUCGUAGAGGCAUUCUUCCCUCCGCCAGCAGACAAACCGGAUCUCUGGGUCGUCGCAAACGCAAUCGUCGGAACGGGCGGGUUCGGCCUUUGCUACCUGUGGUGCCUAUGGCGGCUUGUGGUUAAGAGUGAAUUGGUCGGAAAGGCCAAAAGCAAAACAAACUAG